AGUUGUUCAUGCUUCCCAGCUUUAUAGUCAAAGCUAAGAAUUCUCAGAAUUGUAGGCUUAUCUGAAAAUGGAGAUGACCCUCCACAUGUGAGUUCACGUGAAGACACGUGUAGACUUUGCACAAACUGUCCACUUGGCACGUAAAGAUUCAUUGACCACUUUCCCCCCUUACAGUGUUAUUUCCACUCACUUCCUCUGUAUAUAAAGGAAACCACUAACCAGCAAUCUUCAAACCCAAUCACCACAAAACAAACUCCAUUCUUUUGUUUCUUGAUUCAGCACCUUCUCAUAAUGGCUGCUCUCACCUCAAGUCUAAGCCAUAACCCACAAUACACCAGAAAAGACUACAAACACCAUAGUCCUUCUGUGGUUGAGGAAAUUGAAGGCCUUAUCAAAGUACACAAUGAUGGACAUGUGGAAAGACCUCAAAUUGUUCCAUGUGUCACUUCUGCUUUAACCCCAGAGCUGAAUGUGAAUUCAAGAGACAUGGUCAUUGACAAUGUUACAAACACUUGGGCACGUUUCUAUGUUCCAAUUAGCCAAAAGAAGCUACCUUUAAUGGUUUAUUUUCAUGGGGGUGGCUUCUGUGUUGGCUCUGCAGCUUGGAGUUGCUACCAUGAUUUCCUUGCUAGGCUAGCUGCUAAAGUGGGGUGUUUGAUUAUGUCAGUGAAUUAUAGAUUGGCCCCAGAGAACCCUCUCCCAGCUCCUUAUGAUGAUGGGUUAAAGGCUCUAAUGUGGGUGAAACAACAGGUGCUACAUCAAUACAAGGGUAGUGAAUGGUGGACAGCAAAAUGCAACUUUUCUAGUGUCUACUUGGCAGGGGACAGUGCUGGUGCUAACAUAGCUUACUAUGUUGCCACAAGGCUAGCUGCAUGUGAAGGUGCUGCUUUAAGGCCUUUGAAUUUAAAGGGUCUCAUUUUGAUACAACCUUUUUUUGGUGGUGAAGUCAGAACAGUCUCAGAGAAAUGCAUGGCACAAUCACCAGGCUCUGCUUUGAACUUGGCAGCUUCUGAUACUUACUGGCGCUUGGCACUACCAUCUGGUGCUGGUCGUGAUCAUCCAUGGUGCAAUCCAUUGGUUAGAGGGUCCCUGAAAUUGGAGGAAUUGAAGCUCUUUCCAACCUUGGUGUGUGUCUCAGAGAUGGACAUAUUGAAGGAUAGGAACUUGAAGCUGUGUGAUGCUCUAGUAAAAGCUGGUAAAAGAGUUGAGUGUGUGGUUUUCAAAGGUGUUGGACAUGCAUUUCAGAUUCUAAGCAAAUCUCAGGUGUCAAAGAUCAGAGCCCAUGAAAUGAUGGCUCGUGUGAAGUCCUUCAUGUGUCUCUGAUUCUGUUUUAUUACUUAGAUUGCUUAAUGCUUAAUCUCUCUGUGUAUUUGUGUAUAUGUAUAUAUUAACAACAUGUUUGGAUCAAUUUCUCUUUUCUUGUAAAUCAA